AUCCACACAUGCACCAUCUCACUUCUAAUCAACCACCCUUCACUCCAUGCCUGAAAAAAUAAAUUUAAAAAGAAGAAACAUACUAUAUAUGUUUUACGAGCUAAGCAAACUAAGUUGAGACAGCGACAAAAUUCAAUUAGCACAUAAAAAUCUAAAACCAUGCAAGGAGAAGAUGAUUCAAUAGGCUUAACUCCUCAUUUUUACUCCGAAUUAUACACCCAAAUGGCUCCACAACAAGGAGAUGAGCUGAAACGACGUAGGAGAAGAAAGAAUAAGAAAGAAGAAAAUAAUUCGGCAGCGAAGAAGAGGAAGCUAAGUGAAGAGCAAGUAAAUAUGUUAGAAAUGAACUUCGGUUGUGAACACAAACUCGAAUCGGAACGCAAAGAUCGGCUUGCCUCGGAGCUAGGUUUAGAUCCGAGGCAAGUCGCGGUCUGGUUCCAAAACCGAAGGACGCGUUGGAAGAAUAAGAAAUUAGAGCAGGAGUAUUCUAAAUUGAGGGAUGAACAUGAGAACCUUGUGGUGGAAAAGUGUCGUCUGGAAACUGAGGUAUUAAGUUUAAAAGAUAAACUCAAUGAUGCAAAGAAGGAAAUUGAUAAACUAGUAAUUAAAAGAUCAUCAGCAUCAGCAUCGGCAUCAGCAAUAUCAUCAUCAACAACAGAUAAUAUAUCAAGUAACAGUCCAAGUUCUUCACUAACAAUGGAUCAUCACAUUCUUGCCCAACAACAAUUUGGUCUUGGAAUGGUAGGAUGUUGCUUUGAUAGUAUGUUCUACGGCCUUCCUGAUACUAGCGUUGAUUGGGUCGUUGAUCUUUAUAUGUGAAAUCAAUUAAUUUAGUUUAUUAAUAACCUUAGCUUGUAGGAUAAUUAGUUAUUUAAAUAGAGAAGCUAAUGUGUAUAUAUUAAUCUAUCUCAUAUAUAAUUUGUAAAUCAUAUAAUUAAGAUCACUAGAUUUAACUUAAUUUAUCUAUUUGUAGGAUGUAAUGUUACAUUAUGUAAUGGAAGCUAAGUAUUACUUAUUAAUUUAA